GGCGCGGAGCCCUGGGCCCGGCUGCGGCCCGGCUGCAGCCCGGCGCGGUGCUGGCGUUCCCGGAGGCCCGAGCGCGGCGGGGGCCCCGGGCGUCGGCGAGGCCGGAGCGGGGCGGGCCCGGGACACAGGCGGCCGGCGCCCUCGGAGCCAAAGACGCGCGACGGACACGGCGGGGCCCUGGAGCGCCUGGAGACAAUGCCAAAGCUGCAGGGCUUCGAGUUCUGGAGUCACACCCUUCGGGGGGCGCGCCACGUGGUGGCCCCCAUGGUGGACCAGAGCGAGCUGGCCUGGAGGCUGCUGAGCCGGCGCCACGGAGCACAGCUCUGCUACACGCCCAUGCUGCACGCGCAAGUCUUCGUCCGCGACGCCAACUACCGGAAGGAGAACCUGUACUGCGAGGUGUGCCCCGAGGACCGGCCCCUCAUCGUGCAGUUCUGUGCCAAUGACCCGGAGGUGUUUGUUCAGGCGGCUCUCUUGGCUCAGGAUUACUGUGACGCCAUCGACCUGAACCUGGGCUGCCCACAGAUGAUAGCCAAGAGAGGUCACUAUGGCGCCUUCCUGCAGGACGAGUGGGACCUGCUCCAAAGAAUGAUUUUGCUGGCCCACGAGAAACUUUCUGUUCCUGUCACGUGCAAAAUCCGUGUCUUCCCAGAGAUUGACAAGACUGUGAGGUACGCCCAGAUGCUGGAGAAGGCCGGCUGCCAGUUGCUGACAGUGCAUGGGCGCACCAAGGAGCAGAAGGGGCCCCUGUCGGGUGCAGCGUCCUGGGAGCACAUCAAGGCCGUGCGGAAAGCUGUGGCCAUCCCUGUGUUUGCCAAUGGGAACAUCCAGAGCCUACAGGAUGUGGAGCGCUGCAUCCAGGACACAGGUGUACAGGGUGUCAUGAGCGCAGAAGGCAACCUGCACAACCCCGCCCUGUUUGAGGGCCGGAGCCCUGCCGUGUGGGAGCUGGCCGAGGAAUACCUUGACAUUGUGCGGGAGCACCCCUGCCCACUGUCCUACGUCCGGGCCCACCUCUUCAAGCUGUGGCACCACACGCUGCAGGUGCAUCAGCAGCUUCGAGAGGAGCUGGCCAAGGUGAAGACCCUGGAGGGCAUUGCCGCCGUGAGCCAGGAGCUGAAGAUGCGGUGUCAGGAGGAGAUAUCCAGGCAGGAGGGAGCGAAGCCCGCCGCUGACUUGCCCUUCCACUGGAUCUGCCAGCCCUACGUCCGGCCAGGGCCCAGGGAGGGGAGCAAGGAGAAGGCAGGUGCGCGCAGCAAGCGGGCCCUGGAGGAGGAGGAGUGUGGCACGGAAGUCCUGUCCAAGAACAAGCAGAAGAAGCAGCUGAGGAACCCCCACAAGACCUUCGACCCCUCUCUGAAGCCAAAAUAUGCAAAGUGUGACCAGUGUGGAAACCCAAAGGAUCCAUGCUGGCCGCAGGCUCCCCAGCUUUCCUGUUCCCAGGGCAACAGAUGCGUGUUCAGCCUGUGCCGCGGCUGCUGCAAGAAGCGAGCCUCCAGAGAGACCGCGGACUGCCCAGGUCACGGAUUGCUUUUUAAAACCAAAUUGGAGAAGUCUCUGGCCUGGAAAGGGACCAAGCCUGAGCUGCAGGAGCCUCAGACGGCCACGCCCAGCACACCAGGUGGCUUCUCAGAAGUCAUGAGUAGUGCUCUGGCCUGAAGGCCCAGAACCCCCACCCCCAGGACCGCUCCUGGAGCCCGGACACGUCCUACUUAAGGAAACGUCUUUUACUCAGGGAAUCUCCCCUUACUUAACGUGGAAAGACGCGCCCUGUCCCCCUCGGCCCGCUCUGGGGGCCUGGAAUGCUGCAGUGGGGAGCAGGCCCCAGGCUGGACCUGCCCUGUCCUCAGCACGCGUGUGCAAAAGCGGACAAUAAAUCAUUUCAAAGAUGCCA